UGGCAGCAGAGGCGCAGCGGUGAUCCUUGCACCACAGCAGCAACAUCCGCCACAACAAACCAUCGUGUACUGAGGCUGUGCGAUAACGUGUGUCUUAUCUCUCGGGCCACAUGGAAUAAAGUCACCGAGAGAGAAAAAAAAUGACCUGCAUGAAUCAAACUAUCUCCAAAAGAAGUCUGCGUGUGCUCUCUGCAGCUGCCACCUUGUCUCAAAGAUGUUUGCUCACAAUACAAGUCAGACAAAAGUCCAACGGGCUGCCAAUUGUUCAUCACAGCGAGUAUGUGUGCGAGCUGCCGGCGAACCACAGGUUCCCUAUGGCCAAGUUUCCACGAGUGUUGCACUUUUUAAUCAAGGACCAAGUCAUUAGCGACAAACAGGUGUGGACGCCUGAAAUGGCCUCUGUGGACUUGCUGCGUGGCGUCCACACAGACGACUACCUGGAAAAGUUCAUAAAUGGCAAGGUCUGCGAGCGGGACCAAAGGAGGACGGGAUUCCCUUGGAGUGAAGGCAUUGUGAGGCGCUGUCGAUACGAAACAGGUGGCACCGUGCUGGCGGCCCAGCUGGCUCUGCAGCGAGGUCUGGCCUGCAGCACGGGCGGCGGGACCCAUCACGCCUUUCCCAGCUAUGGCUCUGGGUUCUGUCUACUCAACGACCUGGCGGUGGCAGCACGGCACCUGGCGAGCGGCCCCUCGCGAAAGAAGAAGGUUCUCAUUGUGGAUCUGGACGUGCAUCAGGGUGACGGCACCGCUUUCAUCUUCCAAGACGAGCCAUGUGUCUUCACCUUCUCGGUGCAUUGUGGGAAAAACUUUCCUCUCCGCAAACAACACGGCGACCUCGAUGUCAGCGUUGAGGAUGGCCUGGAGGACAAGGAGUAUCUCGCCACAGUGGAGGCUCACCUUCCCUGGUUGCUGGACUCUUUCCGGCCAGAUCUGGUGCUUUACGACGCCGGCGUGGACCCUCACUGCAAAGAUGAACUGGGAAGACUCCGCCUGACUGACCGAGGGCUAUAUGAGCGGGAUCUGUACGUGAUGAAGACAGUGCUGAGCAGAGGCAUCCCCAUGGCAGCCGUCAUCGGGGGAGGGUACUCGCCAGACAUCGACAAGCUGGCCCUCAGACACUCCAUUGUCCACCGAGCGGCGACUCAGAUUUGGAGGGAGCGCGGGAUGUAAAUCUUCAGCACUAAAAAUGGAUCGUCAGCAUUUAGGAUAGAUCCGGUCUUGCAGUUCAUACAGUUAUGAAUAAUAUACCCUAUAUUAUUCAUACCCUGGCCAAAUUCAUUGACGAUAUUAAAGCGGUACAGUCGUCACCUGCAAUGGAGAGCACCGCGUCGAAGCAGCCGUCUCUGUAAGGCAAGUGGAGCCCGUCGCACAUCUGGACCUCGUGCCCUCGACUCCAGGCGAUGUCCACCAGGGGGCGACAGACAUCGCAGCCCAGCUUGAACACCUCCUUGUUGAUGUCGAGGUACUUGCCGUUACCGCAGCCUGCAGACGAUCCAUGAAACCAAGACAUUUUAAAUAGAGAUCGACCAGUAUGGUUUUUUCAGGGCCGAUACCAAUUAUCAGUAGUCAAGAAGGCCGAUAACCGAUAUUUGGAGCCGAUAUACAUUUGCAGUUAAAAGUUAGCAAAACUAAUACUACUAUGAGUCGGUAAACAGCUGGAAAAGGCUUUAGAUUGUUUAUUAAAAACAUUUUUUUAGAAAACAUGGGACCAGUAGAAAAUUAAUGUUUAAUGCGAUGCUAAUGUUGUGGUUGAUUUAGCAACAAACCUCGUCAGAGGAAUUUCACACAUUUUAUUAUGUGUGUCUGCUGCUGGUCAGGGGAGCAUCAACAUUUGUAUUACAAAAUAUGUACAUCUCCUGGUAAACUAGUAAUAAUAUGGGAUUUUUCAAAUCAAAGUUUAAUUUUUUUGCCUGGAUUUUAACAAGAAAUAUCUACAUCACAAGAACUUGCCAUCCACUCAAUCACAAUUUUAUAGGAGUUUAUGGAUUUGAUUCAUUGUAAAGUUAUAUUGUAAAAUAUUGCGAAAAUUGAAAUAAAAACAUUGCUUAGAGUUGA